AUGGAGCAGUACACGCCGCUUUCUGAGGAUGAUUCAGCCUCCCGCUUCGAGUGGGGUCCGGAAGAGCUGGAUGCUUUGGAACGCCUGUACGCUUCAGUUGAUGAUCCAGGCCAACCUUCAUCGUCGAGCCCACCAACUCCGUUGAUGCGUUGUUUACGGUGCAAUACCCCUGUACAACAGCAGAGCAUUGUCCCUGGCUCCAGUUGUGUUUCUUGCGGUUUUGGUGAGUUUUACAACGUUGCCGAGCCGACAAGGCAAGCUACAGCAGAAGGAACUUGGUUGUACGUGCCGCACGUUGACAGCAGUCCCGUCGAUCCUGUCCUUUCACCUUCUGCCCGGAGGCCUGCAGUUGAGACGCCGCCUCCUGCGCGGGAGACUGGUGAGAGUGAAGAGCCGACGGAUGAUCCGUCGGUGGUUGCGCCUUCGUCGACCUACAGCUGGCCCAAUGUUGUUGAGUCCGAACGGCAGUCGACCACCUCCUCAAGACGUCGAAGAAGGAGAAACCGCAGUGUUGUUGAUCCUCAGCCGCCACAACCGGAUGUCGCUAGCCCCAGGGCUCCAUCGGCUGCAGGAUCGAAUGUUGAGAGACCAUCCCCAUCGAGAUUGCCUAUGCCUUCAAGGUUGCCAGGUACAACAGUUGGUACAGUUGCAAAGAGUUCAAAUGAGUUGUUGGAGGUCAUGCGACAGCUGCUUGAUGAGAAGCGCGGAUCCGAUCGUGCUUCGCAGGGUAGCUGGGACAGUCGCCGUGGCCCCAUUCCUGGCGUGAAGUGGAAGGGCGGAACACCGCCGGCACCUCCACGUUGGAGUUACAACAGCUCAGAUUUGCGAGCGUUUUCGAAGUGGGAACGUCGUGUUCAGGCUGAAAGCGAACACAUGUCGCUCGCCAAGGUGAACUCGAAGGAGGGCGUCGAGUACAUCAUCUCGUGCUUGAAGGGUCCAUUGGAGCAGAAAGUUCUGUAUCAGAAGAGGUACAAGAGGAUCGAGCGAGAUCUUCAGACGGUUGGCAUUUCAGCAGGUGCAAUGUAUGAUUCAGAAAGCCGCGGCAACAGACUUUUGGAGCGUUGCAAGCUUGAGCCAUCGUUGUCACGAUUGGUGUUGAUUGGUGCCCACAACAGUUUGGAUUUUGAUGCAAUUGUUGAGAGUUUGCAGCUUCAAUUUCCGGAUUUCAAGCAGACACCAUCCAUCUUUCAGAGCAACAAUUGGCAUAGCAACAAGCAGCCUUCAGGUUACAAGCCAAGCGGCAAGUCGCACAGUGGUUCAUUGCACUCGAGCUCAACCACAUCAACAGUGCCCUCAUCCGCAUCAGCCUUCAACCGUGGGAAGGGGAAGGGCUACCCUUCCUAUCCGAAGCGUGUGUACCAGACCGAGCAGGUCGCUGAGGAAGAUGAGGCUGAGCCGGAAUUGCCGGACGUUGACCCGGAAGAGUUUUAUGAAGCAGAGGAGCCACAGGAACAAGAUGAUCCCGAGCAGGAGGAAGCAGAGCCCCAGGACGAUGCAGAUGAAGCAUUGCACAACCUUGCACAGGUCCUCACUGUGACUUCCAAGAAGCUGCAAGCGACUGUGUUGGGACGCAAGUUCACUGGCAGACGGUCGAUCGAAGAUCGAAAGCGGUCGUCUUCAUGUGCGGCUUGCGGUGCAAUGGGACACUGGGCCGGUGACAGCAUUUGCCCCGUGUCGAGCAAAGGGGGCAGCAGCACUUCCAAGGGAUCAGGGAAGAACCAGCAGAAGGGGAAAGACAAAUCCAGGUUUUCAGGUCAGUCAGCAUCCUGCUCGACUACCACCUCAUACCCAAAGAAAGCGUUUGUGGUCAACUUCGGGGACGAAGAUCAGUAUGAAGAUCCACCAGGGCCUGAGACCUUUCACAACUUCCCCACCAACCUCGUCGAGGAUGAUGCCAACCCUUUUGUUUACAUCACGGAAGCCAUCGAUUUGAGUGGAUACAUGGUUUUAGAUACUGCCUGCCAGAAGUCUUGCACAGGGGAACGUUGGAUGACCACCCACUCCAAAAUCCUCCAGAACCACGGGAUGCAGACGGUUCGUGAAGACUGCUCGGACAAGUUUCAGUUCGGUGCAGGUACAACACAGCAAGCAGCAGAGCGAUGCUACUUCCCCAUUGCAUUGCCAGGUCAGGAGACCCAGGGAGUGAUUGUUGGUGUCAGCGUUUUGCCAUUGAACAUCCCGUUUCUUGCAAGCAGAGUUUUGUUGGAACAAUUGGGCAGCAUCAUUGAUUUGCAUCAUUGUGUCUUGCAUUUUGUGAAGAUUGGAGUUUCAAUUCCUUUGGUUCGCAAGCAUGGUCACAUUGUUGCACGUAUCACGGCAUUUCCACCUCAGUGUUCACAGAUGAUUUGUUGGGAUCAGUUGACUGACAGUUCAUUUUGGUCGAAGCCGUCGCCUGAGCUUGUCAUCCACCCGGAAGCCACGAUCUCUCAAAGUGGCUCAAAUUCGAUCGCACCUACGCUCGCUCAUGCCUCAGUCGUCCACCAGACAACCACCGGAAUGGCUGACCCGGUGGAGGACUUUCCUUCUCCGGCUCCUGAUGUUGGAGCUGAACGUGUUCAAGAUGAUGAGCCGCUUGGUGCGAGUGGGCAUUCGUCCACGUUCAUGGCUGACCGCCACCGAGGCGGAAGAGCAAAAGAGCCAGCAACUCCUCAAGAUGGCCAGGCCGAAGCCCUCUCCGAAGACAUGCUCACAUCCGGCCUUCCAACGGUACGGAAAUGCUCACGGCAAGUUCGCACGAUGCAAGAGGUGCGACCAGAGGUUCAGAUGGAUCAACGAGCAGGAGGCCUGGGCAGUAUACUCACCAAAGUCCUCAAGCUCAUCACAGCUGCCAUUGCCGUCACAGGCUACCAUCCUGACAACGGAAGAGAUGUGCAGGCUGUCAGCUACAAGCCCCAAGAGCAAGGCCACUGCCAAGAAGUCCAGCAGCUUCGGCAGGAACAGCCAGGCCCACCAGUUCACCUCAGCUGCCAAUCCAUCACAGCCCUCAGCCAGUCGGAGGGCGAAGGUGGCUACCUUGGCACCGGCUACACCAAGGAGGAGUUCAACGACAUGAUGGAAGGAGUAUCCGGAGACAUGGGAUUGGAGGGGCAUUUGACGGAUGAGCUCAACGACCACGACUACUGGGAGACAUGCAAGAACAAGUGCAUCCGGCGCCAUGUUCUCCCAAGAAUUCUCCUCAUGGACCUCAACCGAGUCCAAUGCCCAAUCCCUCAACAUUGCCUUGCAUCGGAGUGCCGGGCUGAGAUCAACUAUGAGGAUGGGACAUUUGAAACCAUCACAUACUGCUGGGACACCAUCUUUCCAACCCAGCUUGAGAAGACAUGGACAGGCCGCACUAUCUUCACCAUUGAGAGCACCAACAACAGCUCUCGUGCCUACCUCACGUCAGCAGGCCGAAGGGAUCUUCGAAACUCAGUGAGGCAGACACACCAUGUCCUCCAGCUCGAACACACACUGGUGAACCAGACCGCCCAUGAGCAGCCCGACCUCCAGAACAUACCUCAGCAGCGAGCCAAACGACCCAAGGUCGACAUCCUGGAGACUUUUGCAGGCGCCGCCAACAUCGCCAGGCGAUGCCCCAAGUACCACCUCACAGCGGCACACCCUAUGGACUACAACACCGGUUGGGACCUGAGUAAGCCCACUCACCAGCUCCAGGUUGAACAGACAUUGGAUGAGCUCACACCUUUCAUCCUCAUCCAAGGCAUCGACUGCAAGGAUUGGUGUCUUUUGCAAGAUAACACCAACUACGUCAGGCGAAAGAUCCUGCUGUUGAUGAGACGUGCCAAGGCACGCAAGAUGCUCAAAGCAGUGUGCAAAUGGUGCCACAAGCAAGCUGCAGCCGGAAGAUACUUCCUGUUGGAGAAUCCUCUCACCAGCAGGAUUUGGAACGAGAAGGACAUCCAAGACCUUCUCAAGCUGCCGAACGUUGAGUUUGCUGCAUGCCACGCUGGGGCCUACGGAGCGACCAAUUCCAAGGGCCAGAUGAUCAAGAAGGGACAUCGCUUUCUUGGCAACUGUCCCAUGGUGCUUCGCCGCCUCACCAGGCGUUUGCCGCCAGAGCAGCUCAAGCAAUGUGUGCCCUUAGAAGGCAAGGAGACGACCUUGUCACAGGUCUACCCACCUAGACUGGUCGACCAAAUCCUUCAAGGAGUUCGAGACCAGCUCACAGCCCAAUACCCAGACCGGAGCACACCACCAGGCAAGACAUACAAUGUCUACAUGAACACGGCAGCACCAGCAUGGUCCGAAGCAUUGGACAUGGCAGAGUCCACCUUCCAAGUGACCCGCUACAAGAGCUUUAUUCUUCCAGUGUCUGAUCCACUCUUUGCCAAGGUCAGCCGACUUUGCGAGUACAACGAUGGCACCAUUGAGGUCAUUGAAGAAGACCUCCAACUUCUACGACAUCCCAAGGCAAGGAGACUGGCAAAGCCCACGGAGGAAAUCACCUUUCCAGCUGAUUUGAAUAUACCAGCUGAGGUCAAGACAGCAGUUCGUCGCCUCCACAAGAACCUGGGCCAUCCACAUGCCACAGAACUCACGAAGAUGCUGGCAAUGAACGGUGUGAAGAACUCAUCCAUUUACACUGAUCGCACCCGAGGACCCAACAAGCCAGAUCCUCGAGACCGACUGCAGAUGGACAUCGUCUACCUCCGAGACAUCCAGUCAACCAACUUCUUGGUUUUGGGGAUCAUAUGUGAGACAACACACUUGCACGUGGCAACACUCCUGGCAGAUCGCACACCAGAAGAAGUCACCCGCAAGUUCCAGACUUCAUGGAGCCGCAACUUCGGCUACCCUCUCCGCAUCAGAACCGAUGCAGAUGGAAGCUUCAGGUCCACCUUCGAGGACCACAUGGAUGAGCAGGGAGUCUUCAUGGACUACAUCCCCGCCGAGGCUCACAACAAGAUUGGUUUGAUAGAAAGGCACAACGCCACACUCAGAAGCUUGGUCGAGCGCAUCGCAGACGCUCGAGCUGCAGUUGGGCCAGAAGCCAUGGAUGAAGUGCUCAUUGCAGCCACCACAGCCAAGAACUCAUGCACAUGGUCAUCCGGCCGUCCUCCAUAUGUGGCAGCAUUUGGCCGCAUACCACGCCAAGGCCUGAGCCUUUUGAACGACAAGCACGGCCUGAUCACAGGCCAGACACGAUCACAAACACAGAUGCAAGCAGAUGCACUACGUGUUGAAGCAUAA